AUGCAGUCCAUCAAAUGUGUCGUAGUGGGUGAUGGAGCCGUGGGCAAGACCUGUCUGCUUAUUUCCUACACUACCAAUGCUUUCCCGGAGGAAUACAUACCAACCGUGUUUGAUAAAUACAGUGCCCAGACCAGUGUGGAUGGUCGCACUGUCAGUCUGAACCUUUGGGACACAGCGGGACAGGAGGAGUACGACCGCCUCCGCACCCUCUCCUAUCCGCAGACUAACGUCUUCAUCAUCUGCUUUUCGAUCGGGAGCCCUUCCUCCUAUGGUAACGUGCGCCUUAAGUGGCAUCCUGAGGUGUCGCACCACUGCCCAGCGGUGCCCAUUCUCCUGGUGGGCACCAAGAAGGACCUGCGUGAGGACAGAGAUGUGUUUGCCGAGGCAGUGAGGGCUGUUCUAUACCCUGUCACAUGGAAGAAUGGCAAAAAGUGUGUGGUGUUGUAA